AUUUUUCCUACAUGGUUGCCUAAACUUCCAACUACCCCUCAUUCUCUCUCUCCAAUUUCUCUCUCAUCUUAAAUCUUCAUCAUCUUCCAAAUUCAUCAGCAUUAUCUCACAAUCUGCAACUUCAAUCCCAGAAAUUAAAUACAAAAAUGGCGGAAAAUGAAGUGAUUAAGGAACAAAAUGAUCAACCUGACGAACUUGCUGAUGCUCUUGAUGAUCUCUUCAAUGGUGUUUCUACCAUGAUCAAGUCCGAGCUUCAGGGAUCAAACAACCUACUCGAACUUUUGGAGAAAAUGAAUCUUAAAGUAGCAGAAGAGUAUACCAGUUAUGGGGAUGUUGCUUCUGGUUUGAGGGUGUUUGUAGAACAGCUGAAGCACAAGAGUGGUAGCUUCGAGGGGUAUGUUCAGCAAAUUGAUGCUAUAGAUCAGCAAGUGACAGAAUUUGAAGCUGUAAUUUCAAUGCUUGAUAAAUAUGUUUCCAUGUUGGAAAAGAAGGUGCAAUCUGCAUAUCAGAUUCCACCGGCGUAGUCUCACUUAUAUCUUCUUGUCAAUUUGAUGUCUUUUGUAAAAAUAGUUUAGAGUUCGCAUGCUAUAUGUUUAAUAGAUUUUGAUCAAUGUGGAAUUGAAGUUGUUUUGAAUGGGAUGAGGAGUUUGCAUUAGUCCUAGAGUUUUGUGGUAGGAACUCCUGUGCAAUCUUGUGGGGAUGAUGAAUAUGGAAUUGAGCGUAUAUAGUGUGAAUAAGAACAUACCUGAUCUUCUACAA